CUUCGGACCCACGAAUCCUUCUGUCUCUCUCUUUCUCUCACUUCCUUUCCUUUCGGACCGUUUGUCCCAGAAAAACAAAAACCACACUCCCAUCCUCUAAUACCUCCGUAGAUCUCGCAGAGACCACCCAGAAGAGAAAAAACAACGAGUCCAACCGAAUACAACUAAAAAUAUUCUCUUUCUUGUUUAUCCCUAUCUCUCUCUCUCUCUGUCUGCCUCUGUUUUUUGCUUUUUCUGGCUCUUCCUCUCCCUGCUUCUCCUCCUCCUCCUCCUUUUCUUCCUCCUCUCUCAGGAGGUUUUUGUUGGGUUUUAGCGAAUUCACAUUUCUUCUCUCUCAGAGAGAGAGAGAGAGAGAGAGAGAGAGAGAGUGAGAGAUAGGGAGAGAGAGAGAAUGCAAUGCAAUCCCAUUCAAAACCGAAUGUGAAAAAAACAGGGGAAGCCUAAACAGGGCAAUUACCCCCAAAAAGACACAAACUUUGCCUCAUCUACCGAUCUGGGCCGACCCGAAUUCUGGUCCAAUCGAUGCUGGAGGGAAUUGGGUGGGGUGUUGAAUGGGUUGCAUUAGCUCCAAGGAAGCGGUUCGGGCUGUCAAGGCUUCAUCCCCUGUUCUCCACGAUAACAAUAAACACAAUGAUUCUGCCAUGUCAAUGAAGAUCCAAUCUGGGCCUUUAAAUUUGGAAAGAAACUCUAGCUCUAGUAAAAAGAAGGAAGGUGAGAGAUCAGUGGAGAGUUGGAGCCGUGAGAUCAGGAAGACGAAGAAGGAAGCCUCUCAUUCCAAAGGCUCUUUCAGCUUCCGGCUUGGCUUCUCUCAACGGUACGUGCAGGCGGAGCAAACUGCAGCUGGGUGGCCACAUUGGCUCAGCUCUGCUGCCUCAGAAGCUGUCGAUGGUUGGGUCCCUCUCAGAGCUGAUUCUUUUGAGAAAUUGGAGAAGAUUGGGCAAGGUACAUACAGCAGUGUAUUUCGAGCACGUCAAAUUGAAACUGGGAAGAUGGUUGCCUUGAAAAAGGUGCGAGUAGACAAUUUUCAGCCAGAGAGCAUAAGAUUUAUGGCACGAGAAAUAAUGAUCCUCCGCAGGCUGGACCAUCCAAACAUCAUCAAAUUGGAGGGGCUUAUUACUUCUCGGUUAUCAAAUAGUAUAUACCUUGUAUUUGAGUACAUGGAACACGAUCUUGCUGGACUGGUGUCCAACCCCGACAUCAAAUUUAGUGAGGCACAGGUCAAGUGUUAUAUGACACAGCUAUUAUGUGGAGUUGAGCACUGCCAUUUACGAGGUAUAAUGCAUCGAGACAUUAAAGCAUCAAAUAUUUUGGUAAACAACGAAGGGAUUCUGAAAUUAGGGGAUUUUGGAUUGGCAAAUAUUGCUAGCCCAAAGAGGCAACCUCUAACAAGUCGUGUGGUUACUUUAUGGUAUCGUCCUCCUGAACUUUUGAUGGGGGCUACAAAUUACAGAGUAUCAGUGGAUCUCUGGAGUGUGGGCUGUGUAUUUGCAGAAAUUCUUAUGGGGAAGCCUAUCCUUAAAGGAAGAACUGAGGUUGAGCAAUUACACAAAAUUUUCAAGCUUUGUGGUUCACCACCUGAUGAGUUCUGGAAAAAGUCUAAACUUCCUCAAGCAGCUAUGUUUAAACCCCUGCAUAAUUAUGAAAGUUCUCUUAGGGAGAAGUGUAAAGAGUUUCCAAAAACUGCUGUGAACCUGAUAGAAAUUUUACUUUCCAUAGAUCCUCAAAAGCGUGGGACUGCAUCCUCUGCCCUAAUGUCUGAGUAUUUCAACACAAAGCCUUUUGCAUGUGACCCAUCAAGCUUUCCAAAGUACCCCCCUAGCAAGGAAAUUGAUGCUAAAAGUCGUGAGGAUGGACAAAGGAAAAAGACUGGUGCUAAAAUGCGAGAGCCUGCAGCAUCAAAGAAGCCUAGAAGAGUCCGUAAAAAUUUGCAAGAAACAAAUUCUCAGAGUAAACUAGCAUCAAAAGAGGAAAAACAAGAAUAUUUUCAACUUGAUCAUAGAAACAGUGACCGUUCACAUAUUCCCAAAGGAAAAGGUACUUCUAUGCGUGGAGAGCCACUAAAGCCAUCAUUUGAUACAAUGUCAGAGACUUCCCAAGUAAUGAAUACAUCUAAAGGGGACAGUACAUAUUCAGGCCCAUCAGAAGUUGCAGCACCAAGCGGCUUUACAUGGGCAAAAAGGCGAAAAGAGGUUUUUGCUGCAUCCACAAUAUCAGAUGGAUCAAAAAGCAAAAUUAGUGCAUUAGAUCCAUCAUUUGCCAAAACAUCUUACUCAACGAAGAAAGGGAAUGAAGAUCUUUUAUCCAAGGUUCUAACCAAGCAUGCAAUACAGAAGCAGCAACGCCAUACAGAUUCUUUUGAUACAUCUGAACUAUACCAUUCUCAUGAUAUGUCAAUGGCAUUUAGUGAAAAGGAAGAACCAGAUGCUUCAAGAACUAAUAAGAGUAGCAAAAGCAGAAGCGAGCGUGUUGAAUUCUCAGGACCAUUACCAAAUAAAAUUGAUGAACUUCUACAAAAGAAUGAAAGUCAAAUUCGUCGAGCAGGUCGUAGAUCAAGGUUUGAAAGAGAUUGAUGAGGGAAGGUUUUUUUAGGGUGGGGAAAUCCUUCACACCCUUUCAGAGGAUAAUAAUUGUAAGAACUCCUGGACUCAACUCAUUGGCCUUCUGACACUGCUCUGAACAACACCUUUUUCCAAGCUCAGACAGCUCCAUCUUGUUCACAUGGUUCUUCUACCUCCCUUUGGUUUUUUAGACCCAACUUUUUGUGCGGAUAUCCAUUGUAUUAUAUAAAAAAAGGGGCUAAAAUUCACUCAAAUGUAGACAACAUCAUGGUUGAUCAUGUAGAUGAUAGAGUAAUUAAAGAGUGUUUUCAUUCUUCGCAAAAAGAAUAUCAGGAACUACUUUCAAGUGUCUAAUUGCCAUUUACUUUUUGUCAUUGACAGAAACAGGCUGUUGCCUUCACAAUUUGGACAAUCCUCCUCUAUUUGAUUUUAGGAUAUGUCAAAAUAUAGUCUUUCAUUGAUUGA